AAGCAGCGCCCCCUAAUCCGGACAAGCACCCUUUAGGAAGGAUACUUUUUACUUUCAGACAGUUUUGAGACUUUCCUCCCAUCUGUUCCCGAUCGCACACCUGGUCUUUCACCGCAGGCACAACGAAGUACCGUCCGGCCUGACAGCAGGACUAGAGACCGAGUCCACGGUGCAGGCAUCAUGCAGUGCCUUUCGGCUCGUCACAGCCUCCUGAGACACAACGCAUCCGCCGAAAGGAGCUGUGCAGCACCGAGGUGUCAGUUCUCGGUGGGGGCUCCAUUGCAACUGCUGCAAAGGAGGCAACAGGCUGCCAGGUAUCACAGAUCAGAACUGCGCGGCGCAAGGGCAUUCACGAGCUUCAGGGUCUUUGCGGCGACAGCCGAUGUGGACACUUCAAAGAGCCCCAAGUCGCAGGGCUUCACCAUGCCAGGCGAGUUUGAGCCGCAUGAGGGCUGCUGGAUGGGGUGGCCGGAGAGUGAUGACUCAAAGUACCUCUGGCGCGACGGCGGCGAGCCUGCUCGCCAGGCAUACGCCAACGUGGCCAAGGCAAUCUCGCAGUUCGAGCCGCUCUACAUGGCCGCCAACCCGGGCGAGGCGGCCGCAAACGCGCGUAAGGUCUUUGCCGAUGCGCCAAACGUGACGGUCAUCGAGGUGCCCGUCAAUGACGGCUGGACUCGCGACUGGGGCCCCUCUUGCGUGGCGCGCGACGUGGACGGCAAGCGGCAGGUGGCGGGCGUGCACUGGGACUACGACUGCUACGGCGCGCCUGGCAAGAUCGCGCAGGGCCGGCCGGCCAUGAUGCCCAACUGGGACAAGGACUUUGAGGCCGGGCGCACGCUGCUCACCAUGAAUGGGCUGCCAGUGUUUGAGGCCCCGCUGCACUUGGAGGGCGGCUCGAUUCACAGCGAUGGGCAGGGAACGCUGGUGGUCACUGAGGAGUGCUUGCUCGACCCCAGCCGCAACCCCCACCUCGACAAGGAAGGCAUCACAAACGUGCUGUGCGAGUACCUGGGCCUGGAGAAGGUAAUCUGGCUGUGGCGGGGAAUGGAGGGUGACACCGAGGUGGUCAACGGCCACGUGGACAACAUGUGCUGCUUCAUCCGCCCGGGCGUUGUGGCCCUUGCCUGGAGCGACAACGAGGACGACCCCCAGCACGAGGUGGGUGUGAGGAAUCUGGAGAUUCUCAACAACUCGACGGACGCCAAGGGGCGCAAGCUGGAGGUGUUCAAGGUGCACUGCCCCCCGCCGCUCUUCCGCACCUACCGCGAAUCCGCCGGCGUCGACCCGGAACACAUCAGCAAGGGGUACUGCCCGCGGCUGCCAGGCGUGCGCAUGCCGGCGACGUACAUCAACCACUACUGCGCCAAUGGCGGCGUGGUCGUCCCACAGUUCGGCGGCGCCGCGGCCGAGAUGGAUGCGCGCGCGAUCGAGACGCUGCAGGAGGCCUACGGGCCGGACUACAAGGUGGUCGGCGUCAAGUCCCGCGAAGUUCUGCUCAACGCCGGCAACAUCCACUGCAUCACCCAGCAGUGGGUCAAGGCCGGCUGA